GCCUCUCAAUAACAAACCCAAAACCAAAAUGCUGCUUUGAUCUCGACAAUAAUGGCUGUUAGUCCAUCCACUCGUUCUGCGCCUCCAUUCACCCGCUACCUAACUCGGCGUUCGCCGCUUAAGUUGACUUCAUCGCGACCCGUUUCCUUCAGCGGAGCUAGGAGCCACCGGAUCAUCUCGGUUCGAGCCCUGAAUUGCGGGUCCAAUGGAGUUGGAUCCAAGAGGUCGACUAAUAUGGUAGAGACGGAAGCUCCGACGGCUUCUUCUACUGCCUCGGCUAUUGAUUUUCUCACCUUGUGUCAGCGUCUUAAGUUGAAGAGAGCUUAUCCAAUGGAGGACAUGAUUUCUAUCUUUUGAGCACAUAAGCAAGGAAUAAAUUUUUUCGUACGUUGCGCCUUGACGAAACAGUAGAGACUGUAGUGUAGCUGUUGGAAGAAACAGUGAAUGCACAGGAAGGGACAGAAUCCUUAUUUCUAAGGCAUAGGAUGCCAUUCCUUAGCCAAUUUUUCAUGGACAGAAUCUGUAUAUUGUCCUUUGGUUUAAAUCCCCUUUUAAGAUUUUUGGCUCGCCUGGUAUCCCACUCUUGUUUUAUUCUACAUGCAUAAUCAUAAAUAGUAUCCUACAAUUUGUGUUUUAACACUAGUUUUGGAUUAAGAAACAUAGUUCAUUAAUUUCUUUUCUCUUGUAGACUACCAAAAGGAAAGGGUGGGUCAAUCAUGGGAUAAAGGGUCCUGAAUCAAUUGCUGCCCAUAUGUACCGCAUGGCUUUGAUGGUUUUGAUUGCUGGUGACCUUCCUGGCGUGAACAGAGAAAGGUGUAUCAAGAUAGCAAUCAUUCAUGAUAUCGCAGAAGCUAUUGCUGGAGAUAUAACACCCUCUGAUGGUGUGCCUAAAGAAGAAAAAAAGUAGAAGGGAGUACGCAGCUUUAAAUGAGAUGUGCAAUGUUCUGGGUGGAGGAAUGAGAGCUGAAGAGAUCCAGGAACUCUGGGCAGAGUAUGAAAAUAAUGCAUCCUUGGAGGCUAAUCUUGUGAAAGAUUUUGAUAAGGUUGAAAUGAUUCUGCAAGCGCUGGAAUAUGAAAUGGGUAAGCCCUUUGAAUAAUUUACCUUAUGGAUGACUGGUCUUUCUCGCCUGAAAUUUUGAAAUGAAGGCAGAACAUGGAAAGUUGCUGGAUGGGUUUUUCCUUUCAACAGCAGGAAAGUUUCAGACAGAAAUUGGAAAGAGCUGGGCAGCUGAGAUAAAUUCAAGGAGAAAAUCAUGAUUGACAAACAAUUCUACCAAUUGAUAUCCUGGAUCAGUUCUGGUUUUUUAUUUUUUCUGUUUCAUAAGGCCAACCUUUUUUCCUAAUGGAAAAUAGGUGGAGCAAAAUUUCAUCCAGAGACUUGUCAGUGAUCACCAUCACUUUUUUUCAGUCCUUGUUGUGGAAGCAACCAAAAGGAUUCAUCAUUGACAAACUGAACGAGCAAGUCUAUCAGGCCUACUGGUGCACGCUUCUAUUAGGUGCAUUUUGCCUUUAAUUUUCCUGUAGCUAAAGUAUGAGGAAUAUUAUCCUAGUAUUCAGAAGUUAUUGAACAUUUCGGAAAUAUAUCCAGCAACCACUGAUCUACUCUAAAUCAAUCGUAUACUUCAUCUUUGUACCUUUGCGGAGAGUCAACUCCAACCUUCGAUACUAAUAAGAAUGCCUUACAGAAGCUGGGAAACACUUGCUUGGCUCUAAAAAUUUUUGUGGUACAUGUUCAUUAACGGAUUAGUUUCCUUGGUUUAUGGAUGCGAUUGAAUGCAUGAUGAGCCUCUUAUAACAGCACUAAGGGAUGGUUGGCACUUUUCAAUUACAUCAAUCUUUUGUACAUUUGUGUUUGAAAGAGAUUCAUUUUGGUAUCUGCUUGCUUAAGGAUGAUGUUGUUUGCUUUAAUCAUCUUCUGCCAACAAAACAAAAUAACUCCGUAAUGGUUCAUCAGUUUUUCGUUUUAGCCUCCUAAAUUGACUUAAUAUGUCCUUCUCAUGAUUUAUUAUUUUACCUUUCUCUUUCUGUAUUAUGAUUUGUUGGGGGGAACUAUUUCGACAGAGAUUGAGAAUGGCCCUUCCCUUCUGUUGAAAAAAUUCAGAAUACAAAGAUUUAGGUCUA